AACCCACUGGACUUGUGACGUUUACCAGACAGUGUCUGCAGGAAUUUCCAGAGUGGGAAAGAUCUCAGAAAAAAAUGCCCAGGUUGCAUGUCACCUAUGAAGGGACGAUUGAGAGCAACGGGCAAGGGAUGCUCCAGGUUGACUUUGCCAACCGCUUUGUCGGAGGGGGCGUCACUGGCGCAGGAUUGGUGCAAGAAGAGAUCCGCUUCUUAAUCAAUCCAGAAUUGAUAGUCUCUCGUCUCGUGACGGAGGUCCUGGAUCACAACGAGUGUCUGAUCAUCACGGGGACUGAACAGUACAGUGAAUAUACUGGCUAUGCAGAAACCUACCAGUGGGCCAGGAGCCAUGAAGAUGACACGCCCAG